UGUUACCGUUUUUCUAUUGGUUAUCACACGUCUUAGGGAGGUUGUACUGGAUGUUAUGACAGUGCAUUUGAGGUAACCAUUCUUUCACUUUAGACAUUAAACGCGUUGAGAUCAGAGAGCUGAAGGAUUAUCUGCUUGAUACUCAAAAAUAAAAAUCGCAAUAAUGAAAGCGCUCAUUUCUUUUGCGCUGUUCUGCGUUAUAUGCGUCACAGUACAAGGAAAAGUUUCCAGUCCCAAGGUUCAGGUGUACACCCAUUUUCCAGGAGAGUAUGGAAAGCCAAACACCCUGAUCUGCCAUGUGAGUGCAUUCCACCCUCCAGAUAUCAACAUUGACCUGCUGAAAGAUGGAAAAGUUAUUCCUGAUGCCCAGCAGACCGACCUGGCCUUCGAAAAGGGUUGGCAGUUUCACCUUACCAAGAGCGUGUCCUUCACACCACAGAAGGGGGAGGCUUACACCUGCAAAGUUCGACACAUGGACAAAGACAAUUCUUACCAAUGGGAGCCAAACAUGUAAGCCGAAACAAACAGCAGGAUGACCUUUUUUGGACACUUUACAUCAUCUGCGCAAGUCCAUACAAUCACAUAAGCCGUCAAUAUGCAAUUUUCAAACCAAAUGACAUUGGUGAAGACUCACCAUUAUUUUGAUUCCACUAAUACAUUGAUUAUUCUGUUGUAAGCCUAUGUAAUGUCCUACUUAAGCAUCCUAUUCUUCUACAUGAAAGUAAAAUUAUUAACCAAAAUUUAGCUGCUACGUGUUUCUGUAAGGGAUGAUUUCUGGUUUUUGACUUGUUUCGUUCUUCUUUUUGUAAAUGCUGUUUUUCAAACAGAGCAGUAGGCACAGUUUAAGUUUAAUAAUAAAAAUGAUUGUAUGGUGGUUUAGAGUAUUUGUAAUUAUAGCAAGACUACAAUUGUUUCUUGAAAAACAAUUUUGAAAACUUCAAUCCACAUUUGCUCCCAUGUUUAGAUUGUUGUACAUUUUUAAUAAUAUUGUUAUUGUGAGAAGGGGAGAAUAAAAUUGAGAAAACCUAA